GACGCGGCAGAGGCGCCCUCACUGCCCGCUGCUCGCCGUCGCUCCUCGCGUCCUCACUCCAUGGCGCUCCUCCUGCGGCUGCUGCCCCUUGCCUUGGCGCUGGCCCUGGGCCCCGCCAACACCCUGGAGGGCCCCGCCAAGUCACCCUACCAGCUGGUGCUGCAGCACAGCCGGCUCCGGGGUCGACAGCAUGGCCCCAACGUGUGUGCGGUGCAGAAGCUCAUCGGCACCAACAAGAAGUACUUCACCAACUGCAAGCAGUGGUACCAGAGGAAGAUCUGUGGCAAGUCAACAGUCAUCAGCUACGAGUGCUGCCCUGGGUACGAAAAGGUCCCGGGGGAGAAGGGCUGUCCUGCAGCUCUGCCACUUUCAAACCUUUAUGAGACACUGGGGGUUGUUGGAUCGACCACCACUCAGCUGUACACGGACCGCACCGAGAAGCUGAGGCCCGAGAUGGAGGGUCCCGGCAGCUUCACCAUUUUCGCCCCCAGCAACGACGCCUGGGCUGCCCUGCCAGCUGAAGUGCUGGACUCCCUGGUGAGCAACGUCAACAUCGAGCUGCUGAACGCCCUCCGCUACCACAUGGUGAACAGACGCGUCCUAACGGACGAGCUGAAACACGGCCUGGCUCUCACCUCCAUGUACCAGAACUCCGACAUCCAGAUCCACCACUAUCCCAACGGGAUUGUGACCGUCAACUGUGCCCGGCUGCUGAAAGCUGACCACCAUGCAACCAAUGGAGUGGUGCACCUCAUUGACAAGGUCAUCUCCACCACCACCAACAACAUCCAGCAGAUCAUCGAGAUCGAGGACACCUUCGAGACCCUUCGGGCUGCCGUGGCCGCCUCCGGGCUCAACACCCUGCUGGAGGGCGACGGCCAGUACACACUCUUGGCGCCCACCAAUGAGGCCUUCGAGAAGAUCCCCGCUGAGACCUUGAACCGCAUACUGGGUGACCCAGAGGCCUUGAGAGACCUGCUGAAGAACCACAUCCUGAAGUCGGCCAUGUGUGCGGAAGCCAUCAUCGCAGGGCUGUCCCUGGAGACGCUGCAGGGCACCACGCUGGAGGUGGGCUGCAGCGGCGACAUGCUCACCGUCAACGGGAAGCCCAUCAUCUCCAAUAAAGACGUCCUGGCCACCAACGGGGUGAUCCACUUCAUCGACGAGCUGCUCAUCCCAGACUCGGCCAAGACGCUGUUUGAGUUGGCUGCAGAGUCCGAGGUCUCCACCACAAUCAACCUUUUCAAACAAGCAGGCCUCAGCUCCCAUCUUUCUGGAAAUGAGCAGUUGACUCUCCUGGCCCCCCUGAAUUCCGUCUUCAAAGAUGGAACCCCUCGCAUUGACGCUCGCACGAAGAACUUGCUUCUGAACCACAUGGUUAAAAGCCAGCUGGCCUCCAAGUAUCUGUACCACGGACAGACCCUGGACACUCUGGGCGGCAAAAAGCUGCGAGUUUUCGUUUAUCGUAAUAGCCUGUGCAUUGAGAACAGCUGCAUCGCCGCCCACGACAAGAGGGGAAGGUACGGGACCCUGUUCACCAUGGACCGCAUGCUGACCCCUCCAAUGGGGACCGUCAUGGAUGUCCUGAAGGGGGACAAUCGCUUCAGCAUGCUGGUGGCCGCCAUCCAGACUGCAGGGCUGACAGAGACGCUGAACCGGGACGGGGUCUACACAGUCUUCGCCCCCACAGAUGAAGCUUUCCAAGCCAUGCCACCGGGAGAACGGAACAAACUUUUGGGCAAUGCCAAGGAGCUUGCCAACAUCCUGAAAUACCACGUUGGUGAUGAAAUCCUGGUUAGCGGAGGCGUCGGGGCCUUGGUGCGACUGAAGUCUCUCCAAGGCGACAAGCUAGAAAUCAGCUCAAAAAACAAUGUCGUGUAUGUCAAUAAAGAGCCCGUUGUGGAAGCCGACAUCAUGGCCACCAACGGCGUGGUCUAUGCCAUCUCCAGUGUCCUGCAGCCUCCAGCCAACAGACCUCAGGAACGAGGGGAUGAACUGGCAGACUCUGCACUUGAAAUUUUCAGACAGGCAGCAGCGUUUUCCAGGGCUGCCCAGAGCUCUGUGAAGCUAGCCCCAGUGUACCAGCGGCUGUUGGAGAGGAUGAAGCACUAGUGCGAAGCGCCACGGGGGGAGUGUGCUUCUGCAGCUCCCGGCCAGUUUCUCCCCGUUUGCCAAAGAGACUGAAUGUUUUCGAAACCCAAUAGCACACUUCAAUGUACAUGGGCCUCGCCAGAGUGAGGUCUGAGCCUUGGGCGGGUUGGGGGAGGAAGGAGAGAAGAUGUACUUUUCAUUUCUGUUCUCUCUAAACAUGGCUGUGAACCCACUGCAUGGAGAGACCUGGAAGUCACUGCCUGACAUUCGCUUUCAGAAAGGACCUGUCCCAAACAUGGAACCUCCUGCCUAUGACCACUGCUCCAGAAAAGGGAACCGAAGUUUGUGGAGCUUCCAAAACAUGCAUCAAGCAACCCAGCAUCUUGGGGCGUCCUGGCUCUGUCUGUGCUAGCGCUUCCUGCUGGAGAAAUGGUGUCACUAUAAGCUAUGAGUUGCAUGCUCUGUCAGACGUGGCUCCAGUCUACACAUGGCUUGGACGCUUCUGUUGGCCAGUAGAUGAGAGAGGGUAGGUAGAGCGCACAGAGCCCAGGAUUUCCCAGAUGUGGCAGAGCCAUGAUGUGUUUGUAAUAAUAAAGCCAAAGAAACCUA